GUCGGGUUUGUUCGACUACCAUGGCGUCCGUCAAUUCGCAUUUCACUGGAGAGCAGAAAUCGAUGUACACAUUUCCACUGCUCAAACCCUAACAGGCAGGAAGAAGAAGGUUCACGAUGGUGUGCAUACGUAAGGCGACGGUCGAUGACUUGCUGGCGAUGCAAGAGUGUAACCUUCUGUGCUUGCCGGAGAACUACCAGAUGAAGUAUUACUUCUACCACAUACUCUCCUGGCCACAGCUGCUCUACGUGGCGGAGGAUUACAACGGAAAGAUCGUCGGCUACGUUCUGUCCAAGAUGGAAGAGGAGACCUCCGAGUGCCAUGGACAUAUCACAUCACUCGCUGUCCUUCGUUCCCAUCGCAAACUCGGCAUUGCCACCAAGCUCAUGACCGCUGCUCAGAAUGCCAUGGAACAGGUGUUUGGUGCAGAAUAUGUUUCACUACAUGUAAGGAAAAGUAACAGGGCUGCAUUCAAGCUGUACACAGAGACAUUAGAAUACAAGAUCCAUGAUGUUGAAGCAAAGUACUACGCAGACGGUGAAGAUGCUUAUGAUAUGCGGAAGCAGCUCAAGGGUAAGAAACAUCAUGACCACGGCCACCACCAUCACGGUGGUGGGUGUUGCUCUGGGCAUGCUACUGAAGGAAAGCAUGCUUGAGACUAAAAGGGUAAAUGGAGGGUGAUUUGUGCGCAAGGCGUCAAAUGAAUAUACUACAACUAGGAAUAUAAGCUUUAAGCUUAUUUGAAUAUCAAAUUAUUAUUAUUAUUGGUCAUAUUUUGUAUGUUUUGUACUCGUUAAUGUAUCUGUAAUUGAGAAUUAUUUUCAGGACUUCAGAUCCUUUGUUACCUUGUACCUUAAUGAUAAACCCAAUUACCUUUUUCCUA